GGUGUUUGAUUUGUCGGCUCACCCAAGGGAUAUAAAUAGUGCUCCAUUCGGACCAGUACAGCAUCAGUUGAUCAUAUCCAACUACCAGACAUCAACAUGAAGUACUCCUGUGUCCUGCUCCUUUUGACCACCGUUGCCUGUUUCCUAGUGAGCCUGACCAGUGCAACUACCACGACCACCACCACGACAGAUGCCACUACCACGACCACCACAACCACCGCGUCGUCGUCUGACACCACUACCACGACAGCUUCGUCCUCGGACACCACCACUACCACGGAUUCGUCCUCCUCCAAAAAGAAGAAGCACGUGGUCCACUACAAACGCAAGGUGCACAAGCCCAAGAAGGUCAAGAAGAUCCACAGGAAGAAGAACCGCAGCGGUUAA